AUGACGACCGAGACUACGCACAAAGAGAGCGUGUCUCAUGUUGAAGAUGCAUCCCCAAAGGACAUCCUGGACGAAUUUCAAGAGCCUAUAGAUCCCGUGGAAGAGAAGCGACUCGUCCGCAAAAUAGAUUGGAUCAUACUUCCUGCUCUAUCUGUGUGCUAUAUCUUCUUUUACAUCGACAAGACCACUCUUUCUUAUGCCGCAAUUUUUGGAAUUAACAAAGACUUGCAUCUGGCUGGUAACCAAUAUAGCUGGUUAUCUUCGAUUUUCUAUUUUGGAUUUCUGGCCUGGCAACUACCAACAAAUCUCCUCAUGCAGCGACUCCCGACUGCGAAGUAUAUGAGUGUAAACAUCAUUCUGUGGGGCGUAUUUCUUGCCCUCCAAGCCGUCUCGAAGAACUUUGCAACACUUGCCGUACUCCGCGGUCUUAGUGGUGCUGCAGAGGCCUGUGCAGAUCCAUCUUUCAUGAUCGUCACCAGCAUGUGGUAUAAACGAAGUGAGCAACCCCUUCGAAUCGGCCUUUGGUACUCUUCUCUAGGCUUGGGAAUUGCAGGUGGUGGUGUCCUUGGUUACGGAAUCGGUCAAAUAAGAGGCUCUCUGCCUAGCUGGAAGUAUGAGUUCAUUAUCAUCGGGGCUCUAUGCAUUCUUUGGGGGAUUGUUAUGCUAGUGGUGCUGCCUGAUUCACCACUCACCACGCGGUAUCUCACACCGGCACAACGGAAGAUUAUGGUUAAUCGACUACGUGAGAAUCAGACUGGAAUUGAAAACCGGAAUUUCAAGAUGCAUCAAUUCAAAGAAGCUUUGACUGAUAUCAAGGUUCUGUUCUUCUUUCUCAUUGCCCUUUUGCAGGCUAUUGUGAAUGGAGGCGUUACCAAUUUCGGCACAAUGAUCGUGAAAGGCUUCGGGUUCUCGACAUUGGGAACUACUCUGCUUCAGAUUCCUUACGGGAUCUUCAUCUCGAUUAUCAUACUUCUCUGUGUUUGGCUUAACAGCAAGAUGCCACCAAACAGCAGAUGUCUGAUGCUGUUGAUUUUUCUCACGCCAAACAUUGCUGCCGCUUUUGGUCUACGGUUUGUUCCAGAAAGUGCGAGAGUAGGUCGCCUUAUAUGCUACUAUCUGACUGGCUCAUACAAUGCAUCGUUUGUGAUGCUGCUAUCCUUGACUACUGCAAAUAUCGCGGGACAUACCAAAAAGGUGACUGCGAGUGGCAUUCUCUUUAUCGGUUAUUGUGUGGGUAACAUUGCUGGGCCUUUCUUCUAUAAGUCCAACCAAGCUCCCGUCUACUCACUGGGUAUCUGGAGUAUGGUCGUGUCUCACCUGCUCGAAGUCAUCUGUGUGGCGUUGUUAUGGUGGUACUUACGAUCUGAGAACAAACGAAGGGAUGAGAACCAAGACAUUACUAAUGAGCGAUAUGUGGGAACACUGGAAGACAUGACCGACAAAGAGAACCCCAAUUUCCGUUAUAUUUUCUGA